AUGAAGUUUACUACUCUCACUCUUGCUGCUCUCUCUUUGGCCGCCACCGAGGUCAUUGCUCACCCUGAGAAGCUGACCAAGGAGAACGCAAAGAAAGAGGCAGCUCUCGCUGGCCGUUCAACCAAUAAGUGCGCUGCUGCAAUUGAGAAGCGCAAAGCUGAAAUCAUUGCCAAGCGCUCUCAGCGCCUCUAUGAGCGCCGCGUCGAGAAUGGCGAUAUUCUUCCCAACGUCCACGGCAUGUCCAAGCGCAACACUCUUCAAUACACCAGCAUCCAGAACAACACCUGCCUCCUGGCCCCUGAGACCAUUUUUGGCCCCUAUGGUGUGGACGGCGAGUUGGUCCGCCACGACCUCCGCGAAACCCAGUCAGGCAUUGACUUCUACCUUGAUAUCGGAAUCAUUGAUGUCGAGACCUGCGAGCCGCUCGAGGGUGCCUCGGCCUCUAUCUGGGCCUGCAAUGCGACUGGCUCAUACGCUUCCUUCACUGGCAUUGACCCCGACACCUCUGAGUUACUUGAUGGCUGGAGCAAGCGAUCUGAUGGCACUACCGAUGAUGAAACUUUCCUCCGUGGCAUUCAGGUCUCCGAUGAGGCUGGUAUGAUCGAGUUUCUUACCAAGUUCCCCGGCUACUACACUUCUCGCUCUACCCACAUCCACGUGGCUGUUCAAGCCAAUGCCUCCGACGGUGUUGGUUUCAGCCAGAGCGCUCUUCAGCAUGUUGGACAGCUCUUCUUCGAGGAGGACCUCCUUUCCCAGGUGUACGCCGUUAGCCCCUACUCCGCCCACCUCGAGACCCUGAACCGCACCACCAAUGCCGAGGACUCUGUUCUAUCCAGCGCUAGCGAAGACGGCUACAGCCCCUUCAUCAGCGUCUCUCUUCUCGGAGACAGCGUUGAGGAUGGCCUUGUUGGCUACAUUACCAUCGGUGUCAACUCUACCGGUGACAGCAUCGCUACUACUGGCACUGAUGUUAACCCUCAGGGCUGGAUUCCCACUGUUUCUGUGGGGACAGAGAAGAUGGCGCAGGCUACUGCUGCUGACCGUGCUGCCGGUUACACUUCCUAA